AUGGCGCGCCGUGAGUCUCUGUCUGAGAUUCGCGCCGCCAACCCCGAGCUCUUCUUGACCGGCAACAUCAUCUCGGCCACCUUCAACAUCCCCCAUGCUGUGACAUACCACAAGGGCGGCGCCUGGGAUUUGAAGCCCCGCCGCGGCCAGUCGGCCCUCAUCGACUCUUUCGCCUAUCUCUCGUCCGAGGCGACGCCGUGGAAUCACACAGUCGUUGCUUGGACAGGCGAGAUUGCCAACCCCGACGACGACCCGCUGUCUCCCCCAGACACUCCUUCAGCUGCGGCCACCACCAUUGGUACCGCCAACUCGCUGUCGGCUCCCGUUCCGAUCGAUGCCAACACUCGGCUGCCCACACCUCCCCCAGUCGACGGACUCUGGAUCCCCAAGGCAGACCAGACUCGGCUGGAGCACCAGCUGUCCCACAGCAGAACCAUCCGCACGGUGCCUGUCUGGCUUGCUGACGAGAACGAGGCCACCGCCGAUGGCAUCAUGCUCAAGGAUCAGGCUCGCUGGAGGCGCUAUGCUGAGCACGAUCUCUACACACUCUUCCACUACAAGCAGCACGAGCCCACGGAUGGCCGCAAGGAGCGUGCGCAGUGGGCCGACUACUAUCGCAUGAACCAGAAGUUUGCCAACAAGAUCAUUGAGAUCUACAAGCCUGGUGAUGUUGUCAUCGUCCAUGAUUACUACCUGAUGCUGCUGCCCAGCAUGCUCCGCCAGCGGGCUCCGAAGAUGUACAUUUCCUUCUUCCUCCACUCGCCCUUCCCCAGCAGCGAGUUCCUCCGAUGCCUGCCCCGUCGCAAGGAGGUGCUCGAGGGCAUUCUGGGUGCGAAUCUUGUGGGCUUCCAGUCCUACAGCUACUCGCGCCACUUCCUCAGCUGCUGCACGCGUAUCCUUGGGUUCCCCUCGGACACGCUUGGAAUCGACGCCUACGGCUCCAGGGUGCAGGUCGGAGUGUUCCCCAUUGGCAUCGACGCUGCCAAGGUGGAAACUGCGGCCUGGGCGGACACCGUCAACGAGAAGCACGCCGCUGUCCGGAAGAUGUACGAAGGCAAGAAGAUCAUCGUCGGACGAGAUCGUUUGGACAGCGUGAGGGGCGUUGCCCAAAAGCUGCAGGCGUUUGAGCGCUUCUUGGAGCUGUACCCUCACUGGCGAGAGAAGGUGGUCUUGAUCCAGGUCACAUCGCCCACCAGCGUUGAGGCCGAAAAGGGCGACCCGGAGAACAAGAACGCCAGCCGAGUCAACGAGCUCAUUACCAAGAUCAAUGGCGAGUACGGCAGUCUUGGCUUUUCGCCCGUGCAGCACUACCCCCAAUACCUCAGCCAGGCCGAGUACUUCGCCUUGCUUCGGGCCGCAGACAUUGGCCUCAUCACCUCGGUGCGAGACGGAAUGAACACGACGAGUCUUGAGUACAUUGUUUGCCAGAAGGACAGCAACGGCCCGCUCAUUCUCUCCGAGUUCAGCGGCACGGCGGGUAGUCUCCGCGAUGCCAUCCACAUCAACCCCUGGGAUCUUUCGGGCGUGGCGGAAAAGAUCAACAUGGCUCUGACCAUGUCUGAAGAGGAGCGCGCCAAGAUGCAGACGAGCCUCUACACCCACGUCACGACACAAAACGUCCAGUCGUGGAUCACCAAGUUCAUUCGCAAGGUUCACGCUGCGCUGAGCGAAACCAACUCAGUCACAUCGACACCCCUGCUCGACCGCGCCCUCUUGCUGUCUCGCUACCGCGCGGCGAAGAAGCGCCUGUUCAUGUUCGACUACGACGGCACUCUUACGCCCAUUGUGCGCGAACCGAGCGCCGCUGUUCCUUCAGAGCGCAUCAUCCGCUAUCUGCAGUCGCUUGCGUCGGAUCCCAGGAAUGCGGUCUGGAUCAUCUCUGGCCGAGACCAAGAGUUCCUUCAGCAACAUCUCGGCCACAUUCCCCGGAUUGGCUUCUCUGCUGAGCAUGGUAGUUUCAUGCGCGACCCCGGCAGCCACGAGUGGGUCAACCUGGCAGAGAAGUUCGACAUGGGCUGGCAAGCAGAGGUCAUGGAGGUGUUCCAGCGGUAUACGGACAAGGUUCCAGGUUCCUUCAUCGAGCGAAAGCGCUGCGCCCUGACCUGGCAUUAUCGACUGGCCGAGCCCGAGCAAGGCUUACACAUGUCACGCGAGUGCCACAGAGAGCUGGAGACUGGAAUUGCCCAGCGAUGGGAGGUCGAGGUGAUGCCGGGCAAGGCCAACAUUGAGGUGCGCCCUACGUUCAUCAACAAGGGUGAAAUCGCCAAGCGGCUUGUGGCUACUUAUCACAACCCGGGAGCUGCUCCGACCGAGAAGGACCCUUACCCUGGCGAGAUUGAGUUUGCUCUCUGCUCUGGAGACGACUUUACGGACGAGGACAUGUUCCGCAGCCUGAACUCGGCAUGUGGCACGAUCCUGGACGACCAGCACGUCUUUACAGUCACUGUGGGAGCAAGCACCAAGGUGACGCUGGCUAAAUGGCACCUUCUGGAGCCCGAGGAUGUGAUUGAGUGCGUGGGUCUGCUUGCUGGAGCUGGCGACCCGGCCAGCCUCGAGCGUGUUGGAGAGGUGAACCUGGCAGCCCUGAGCCAGGUGGAGGGUCACAUUCCCGCUGAGGAGCUGUGA